CUACAAGUACUUUUGUCAACGGUCAACAUUUUUAUUUUUCAAGGCAAAAAAGAAAAUGGUUUUCCUAUGUUUAUAAAAACAAGAGUGACGACAAAAAGAAAAACAAUAAUUAAUAAAAUCUCCAUAACUUUUACAAUGAUUCAUUGUGUAUCUGCAUAGAUUCGCGUUGCAUGCAUUUAUUCGUGAUAAGCAUAAAAAGUGCUAACCUUCCAAAACUGACGACGCAUGAAGAACAAAAUUAGGUUUAAGUGAAAACAAAAAGAAAGAAAGAAACACAAAAAACAAACUUAAUGAAAAUUCAAAACAGGGCAAAGUCUGGUGUUCUGUUCGCGAAUUCGUGAUUGUUUUCCACAAUGAACCAUCCCCUAGAGCCCUCUUUAUAUAAUCCAAAUGACAGUGCUAUUCCAAUAAAUCCAGAUGUCGAACAGCCACCCCCAGAGACACGAACAAACAACGUCACUAGUGCAAAUGGUUCCCACCAUAGUAUAAAUAUCGAUGUACAUACAUCAGCGCUGUCUGACUCACCGACCUCUGUGCAGCAAAACUUCUUAUCAUUCCUAAACGAAGCACGCAGUCACCUUGGAGGUAGACCUGCUAAUCUAAAUGCUUCGACGGCGAACAGUGAGAUUACCAAUGUUCACCAUCACCCUGGCGCAACAGUGCCCUUAGAGGACAGUAAUGUCAACCGCUGGAGAGCGAAUCUAAACAAUGUGCUGUCUUUUUCGGCUGGCCCUUCAACUGAAACAAUUCGGUCUUGGAUACCGCGAACAAGUAGCUUUCGAUACGUUCCCCUAAAUAGAUCGUCGUCAAUCAAUAGCGUUCGUGAUCCUCCAUCUGCUGUUGCGACAGCUGGGGAUGUUGCUGCGGCAAAUGAUGUUAUUAUUAACUUCAGCACAAUAUCCUCUCCUCCAGUCAGCGAUCGUGAUAGUAGCUUAGCAGCCAAUCGGGAACCUCGAACACCCUCAAUUCUAACAAGAAUAAGUGUACCUAGGACGAAUCUAGUCGGCGGCAGUUCAGGAGAGAGCACAACGAGUGUACGAGAUCUUGGAACUCCACCAAUUAUUCAGCCUAAUUCUUCGAACGAUGGCCAUCGGACCCCAUCAACUCCACCGCCUGCAGCUCAACGAAAUCCACUUGAGGUAGACGAAGAUAAUCUGGUCUACGAAUUGGCUGUGAAAGUGUUGAGCCACUUUGUGCGUUAUCUUCCAUUCAUUGGAAUCGUAUUGUUAAAAGCCAUCUAUGACUACUGUUUUGGUAUACUAGAUGUUCUAGUUCUACAUACUGUAGUCUAUCAAAUGAACAAAUCACUGUGUGAACAGGUGGCCAAGAUGUCGCAAAAGAGUCUGGGACUGUUAUUUCGUGAUUACCUUCUGUUAACAUUUGUUUUGGUGUAUCGAUUCAUGAUGUCUUAUAGUCAACCUGAUUAUUUUGGAUUGCUGCUGAACACAGCUAUUGAUCCGAAAUCGCUGGGUCAACUUCUCUAUGCAGUUGCUGUCAACGAUCUCAUUUUGAAGGUCGCUACGAUUAAAAUUAAAAUUUUGGUUACAGCGCUACCAACAGAUAUAAUAAAGCAUAAGUCACGAGGAAGACUUUUUGCUUUGAUUGAAGCCAUUUCACAACUUUAUAGAUCCUUAGUUCCCAUCAAGUCAUGGAUGCUGUACUUGCUUAUUUCCUAUACAGGAUUUGAUAUUAUUAUAGGAAUGUUUUUCUUCUCUUCUUUGUACAUGGGCGCUAAAGCGUUUGAAUUUGUGGAACGUGGUAAAUUUUUGAAGAAGGCCUUUUGUAGUUUUCUCAGGAAUGUCGAUUAUGGUCGCCAACCAUCAAAAGAGGAACUAAUCGAAGCCGGAGCUCUGUGUCCGAUAUGUCACGACAACUACGAUACACCUGUGGUUCUAGAAUGCAACCACAUCUUCUGUGAAGUAUGUGUGGGCACAUGGUUUAAGCGCGAGCAAACCUGUCCAAUGUGCAGAGCCAAAGUCGCAGACGAUCCAACCUGGCAGAAUGGAUCAACAACCCUAUUUUAUCAGCUCUGUUAAAAAGUUGAACUUCGAUAAAAUGAAUGAUAAAUGUUACAACUUUAUUUUACUUUAUUACUAUGUAGCUACGUUUAUGAUCUUAUUUCAUUCAAAGUUAAUCAAUUUUAAAUAUAUAAAUAAUGUAUUUUGAA